AUGGUAACCGCAGCACCCAGUCAGCAGUACCCUAUCGAAAAGGUAGAAAUGGUCUUUAAAGACAUCUUCAAGUUCUCGAGAGUGUUUAGUACGUUCCCGAUUGACAACGAAUACUCAGACAUCUCGAAAUUUAAUAUAGCCAAAGGCAUUGUUCUGUAUCUUUUGGCUGAUAUUUUUGGAUUCGAAUUAUUAUAUAGGUUUUCAAUACAUGAAAAUUUCAUAAUGGGUGGGAAAAUCGUGUUUGCACUUCAAACCAUCCCAGCCAUAAUGUUCUAUUGGAUACACAUAGCUUGGUUGAUAAGAAACAAGUCACUCUUUAAGGAAUUGUACGAUGAGCUUAAGGACAUAGAACACAUCUUGUGGGAGAGUGGCAUUUGUUGGUUUUACAAACCAGCAUGGUGUACCAAAUAUUUAAGUCUAACAGCCAUGAUAAUAAGUGGUACAUUGUGGGAUAUAUUGGAUGACAUUUUGAAUCCUGAAGAACAACUGUACAACAUGAUAUUCAUUGCUCUGAUAUCCGUCAUUAAUCAGUAUGCGAUUUUGGUCCAAGUCAUGCUUUCCAUCCUCAGGGAGAUAAGAACGAUCGAAGAGAGUGAAACGGUCAUCAAGUUGACCGAUAAACUACUAGCGGUGUGUCAGAAGGUGAAUACCUUUUACGAACCACAGAUCUUCUUCUACAUUGUCAUCGUAUACCUCCUUAUACUUUCCACAAUUUAUGGCAUGGCUAUCGAAGUCGAGACUUUGAGUCUAAUUUCUUCGAUUUGGCUGCUAUCUUUCGUGUCUCCACUCAUUCAUAUAAUAAUAUGCGUUGACUACUUUUCUCAUGAGGUAAUACUGUAA